AUGGCUGAGAUAAAAAGAGAACCAGCGAUGAACUCGGCUGGGAUUGCGAUAAUCUCAGGUUGGUCUUUGGUAAAUGGAAGAAGCACUUCUGCAACAGGCACCCGGGUGCGGAUGGCAUGCGACAAGAAUGUUCAGACGUGGAAGUUGGUUGGCCAUGUUUUUGACCCGAGAAUUUUUCGCUCGUUGAGAAGAAAACAGCAGGUCCUAAUAAGUGAGGUACGGCAACAUGUCAAGUUUGUUUGUGUCGAAAGAUCGAUGAAGCACAUGGAAUGGCGGCAUCGAAUCCAUAUCGCAUGCCGUGAAUGCCGAACCAGCGAACUCUGCCACUCACACUGGAGGCCUCCUGGCGAUCGCUCUCAACAAGGCUCCACUGAUACCAGGAGAUCCGGGUCACUGGAAUUUGGAUCGCGGCCGUAUCUCUUGGCCCGAUUGAGGUGGCUCACCGUGGCUGGUGGAACUCAGCGGCUCAUAAUUCUCGGUAGCAUGGUACGCACCGUUCAUCAGCCUGUUUCCGGCUCGCACGAAGCAGCGAUCUUGCGGAUCGUCAAGAAGGCUCGCGGAUGCGGAACCUUAAGUGCCCAGAGUCCGGCUUGGCAGCCCUCUUCGUCAUCGCCCGCCAAUAGCACGGCCGCAUGCCUCCGGGCCUCCACUUCCCCUGGAACUCCGUCCGCGGACACGGCUGAUUUCUCGAUUUCUCGCUUUCGCCCAUCUCAUAAUGCCACGGCCGAUCAUUGCUGGGCCCGUCCUAUGACGUCUCUCGUGUCCACCGGCUGCUCGAUGCUCGUAGAGCCUUCUCAGCCGCAGUUUGGGCCGAGUCGUGGACGUUCCCUGGCCGACCCUGUCAGGAACCCGGGCCCUGCUAUUAUUGCCCACAAGUGGCCACGCAGGGAACCCAUGAGGCUUGGAUUCCAGCCAGCCAGGGUGGCAAUGUUGCGCGGACCAGGUAACCAGUACUAA